AUGCUUUUGUUAUUUGAAAGCUUUAUAAUUACUUCUUUUUCUUAUAUUCGAGCAGUUGUCUCCGUUUUCUUUUCUUCAUUUUUUUUCGUUUUUAAGUUGUUUUUUUAUUUUCACUUCUUUCACUCUAAACCAACCUCUCCCUUUAUUUGUUUUAUACCUUACUGUCCCUAUGUUUUUCUGUCCAGACCGGCCUUCCUUUUCCUUAUUGUGUUUUCUUCAUCUUUCUAUCCAGGCCGACCUCUCCUUCUGAUUAUUUCUUUUGUCUCUCCUUUCUUUUUAUUUUCUUUCUUCAUCUUUAUAUUCAAAUUUACUCCUUCCUCUAACCCUUUACUCCGUUUCUCCUUAUCAUUUUCCCCUGAUUUCUUUUUAUUCAGAUUGAUUUCUUCAUUUAUUCUACUCCUUGUUUUGUUUUUCUGCUUUCUCUCUAUCCCGACAAAUGCCAUUUUCGUGACGGUGUCAUUCUUCCGUCUUGCAUCUUCUCCCUUACAAAUAUGUCUACUUCCUUCCUUAUGCCUUUCUGCAAUUGAAAAGGCCCAACGACAUUAUCAAGCCUUUCUUCCUGACCAUCACAUAUCUCUCGUGUUGUUGCAGCUGCUACAGAUCCAAUAUUCCAUUUGGCAUUAUUCCAGAAUCGGAAGAUUCUUGCCAAACCCUUGUCUUUUCUCUCAGCUAUUGUUUCCAGUCAAAACAGGAUCUAUUCAAAGUUUUCUUAGUUCGAUUCCAUCAGGAUUGUUGUACUACAUUGAAAGAUGCUUUUUAUAG